CUCUAAGAAAACCUUUGGGCGUAGCGAUAAGAUUCAUUUCACAAAAGAGAUCUACAUCUCAUUCAUAUGAAAACCCCUAUCAAAAUUAUUUUUCUUGCACAGAGCUAGUGAGAAAUACCAACAAUGGAAGACCCUAAAGUUGCCCAACCCACACCUCAGACCCUACCUCCACCCACACCUCAGACCCUACCCCCACAGAGCAAGAAGAGACCUCUCGAACAAAACUUAUCCAACUUUAAGAAUUCUCCUUAUUACAAGAUGCGCGCUGUUCUUAGAGAUCUUCGACCCCAUUUCAUAGAGGUGCUCAAGACUCCCAAUUUUCGAAAUUGCAAGGCAGCUGAUGAAAUUCGUCAAGGCAUGAAGGAUAUGAUGGAUUUGUACAAAGAAAUGAUGUCCGAAUCCAUCAAACUGGAGAAGUGUAAUAAUGCGCCAAGCAACAUUGAAGAUGAACAGAAUCUCAAAGAGCAUCAAAAACGUGCCAAAUUAUCGGAAAAUUCUACACCAGAAACAUUGAACAGGCCUUUAGACCAUCAGGCCCAAGGAGGGUCAUAUGUUGUUGGUGGUUCGGCUUUUGGUUGGAAUUUUGUCACAUUUCAGGGAAGUAAAUCCGUCUAUUAUGGUCGGACAAAAGAGUCAUUCCGAGCUGCUAACCCUCUCUGAAGGAGGGGCUGCAUUUCCCAUAGCUGCCCCCAUUGGUAUAGGCCUGUAUCUCUCAAGAAGAAAAAUCUCCAAGAAUUCUUCUGUUUUCUGUAACAUGAACUAGACAUUUGCUGGACAUUGUCUUUUGUUGAAACUGUAAUGGUGAUGCCUGAAAUUGAUUCAUGUGUAUUCUUCCUCCAAAUCCCAAAGAGAGAAAAUUAUGGUGGAUGUCAUCAAUCUAUGUUUCUUAGUA